AAAUUAGACACCCUUCAUUAGUCGAUUUUCGUUCACCACAUCCCAAACUUUCCACUUCUUCAUAAGCUUCUUCUAAAACAAAAAACAAUAAUAAUCGCAAUUAAUAGAAAAGUGAAGUUUGUGUUUCGAGGGUGAAGAUGAAAUGUGCAGAGUGAAAUCUACUUUUAAGGAUUAAACAUUAAACAGAGAGUCUGAAGUCAUGGAAGAAAUUUUCCCAUCGAUCGUUCCACUGACAAAUUACUACAGUUUAUCAAUGAUGCCUGGGAUGAAUUCGUCGUCUUUUUCCAAUCCAGUAAAUUUCUCUCAUUUCACCUGGUCUUUACCACAUCAGAGAUUAAAACCCCAACCUAGAUAUGAGAAGCCACCUUAUUCGUAUAUUGCAUUAAUAGCAAUGGCUAUAAAUUCCUCACCAAGGCAGAGAUUAACUCUUUCGGGAAUUUACGGUUUUAUUAUGGACAGAUUUCCAUAUUACAGAGAAAAUCGACAAGGAUGGCAAAAUUCUAUUAGGCACAACUUGAGUCUAAAUGACUGUUUUGUAAAAAUCCCACGUGACAAAACUUGUCCUAGCGAGGAUGAACAAUAUGCUGGAAAAGGAAGCUACUGGACUCUCGAUUCAUCAGCAAGUGAAAUGUUUGAACACGGAAAUUACAGAAGAAGAAGAGCGAAGAAGCAGAGAAGCUUUGCUAGACAACAACUACAAAAUCAGACUCACUGCAUUUUUCCGAUAUCAACAGAGUGUAUGCAGCUUCCUGGUUUCUCCGACAAAAUAAAUGAUUACGAAAGAAGUUUCACAGAAGAAAAAGAUGGACCAACCUCCGUCCAACUUCCAGAACAUCGUAUUAAAUCCUCCAUGUUUACAAUCGAUAAUAUUUUAAGGAAAUCUCCAACUUCCGGAAGCUAACUGAAUUAUCUUAAGUAUCUAAAUGUUCUCUUAUAAGUCUGUUAUUGAAAUCCGGAUAUAUACAAAUUUGCGAAUGUAACUGGUCAAUGUCACUCUACCAUUAAAUCUGACAUGAGCCUUGGUCGCCAAAAAUACGAGAAAUUCUGCUGCUUUGGACCGAUUACGAAGAUCCGCGCGUGGCUGUUUUUUACUGCUUGGGGACUUUAAUGACUCCGACGCCAGUUUCAAUCACACAUGUCGAUGUUUGUUUCUUCAAAGGCGAGGUGUGUAAGUCUAAAUUUUCAAACAGCAGAAACGGCGAGUCAAUAAGAUCUUCUCAGAAUUUCAAUAAAUCAAAUCUCUUAAGAUCCCUUCGGCGAAAAUCUCUAGCUCCAGACGGCGACUUCUUUUUAUCUAACGCACCCUGUGCCAAUCAUUAAAUGAUUAAAUUACUGCGAGUUAUUAGCUGAUGUUGAUAAAUAUC